GUUGGAAAACUGCUCCCACUCGGUUGUCAAUUUCUGCCUUGAGCUAUUGGCUUUGCCAAGCAAAGCCACAGAAAGCUGUAGCUGCCGCAGCUGUCACCAGGGGCUGAGGCAGCCGCAACAGUGACUUUUUAAAGGUGCUCGAGCAUGGCCAACUUGGGUUUGCCAGGCCCUAGCAACGCACUUGAGCCCUUUCGUCCUGUGCAGGAAGUGGUCAGCAAUCGGAUCAGCCGCAAAUUUGGGCCCGAAGAGGUGCUGAGCAAACUGCGAGUGACGGCGGAGCGGCAGCAUCGACAAAUUGAAUCAGACAUGGAGUUCGAUCGCAUCCUCUGGGCUGCAAACCAGUCGAAGGAUCAGAUGUUAGCAGAAGAGACCUUUGUUGCAGCAGCUGCACAACUCUGGGGCUUCACCCGAGUUGCUGCCAGAGCCAUGUUCUAUGCCAGCGACGUCAACGACACCGCACGCUUGGACAAAGUCGAGUAUUUGCUGCUCCGGGAGGCAUUUGUGAAGAAUGACGAAGCCCUCGCAGAUAACGAGCUUAUCCAAGAGAUACAGCUGCGGGCCAUCUAUUUUAAAUAUGUCCUGAGACGCCCUGCCCAGAGGACGGUCUUCAACACCGUGCUGACGGCAGCGGAGAUGCUGGACUUGGUGCGUGACCUGUGCACUGGAGAUACGCAUGUGCAAAAAGUGGCUGCGCAUCUUUUGCCCCGACUGCACUCGGACAAGGAGACCAUUCCCCUGCAAGAAUUCGUAGGGACUUUCAUGGACCGGGGCAAGCUUCAGAACCUCCUUGACUCGAAUAGCAUGUCUGUGAAUGACAUUGUUUCAAACGUGAGAGAUGCCAGGGACCAACGCUUCAAGACCGGUCGGGUGGUCCUUGAUGGCCGCGCCGAAUCUGCGUACCUUUCCUCACCACUGCAGGAGAAGAAGGGAAUCGAAAGCGAUGUCGUGGGUUCGGAAGCUGUGAAUGCUGACAUGGAGCUUGAUCCCCAGUGCCGCGCCGUUGGCGGAUGGCGUGGGCCAAUGGCCGUUGCAAGAACCUCCGAGGAGUAUGGUGUUGCGCUGCAGGUUAUCAAAGUUGCCAUGGGGCUCGCACAAGAAGCUGCAAGCAGCAACGACAUGUUGGACCGCGAUUGGCUCCCGAACGGGGCUGGUCUUGAUCGACUUCUUGGAAAGGGAGAAUCUUUGCAGGCCAACAAGAUUUGCCUUUUGGCAAAGGCAUGUCAACGCCAAUUCUCUUCCUAUCCAUCCUUGGUGCGUGUUCGAGCACCCGCCAAGGUCUUUGGAGAUAUCCACGGACAACUUCGGGAUGUGUUGUUGCUCUUUGGUCUCUUUGGAAUGCCAUAUCACUGUGGUGGUGACAUUCAGACAACAUCCUAUGUCUUCAAUGGAGACUUUGUUGACCGCGGGGAGCAUCAGUUAGAAGUGGUGGCAUUGCUAUUCUCACUGCAUGUGGUGUAUCCCAUGCAGGUGUACUUGGUGCGAGGGAACCACGAGUUCCGUGACAUGAGUGAAAAUAUGGGCGAGCUCGGCUUCCUGCAUCACUGCCAGUCCCGCAUGAAGAAACGAUGGAGAUCAGUCUUUGAUGCCGUGCAUUCGGCCUUUGACUGGAUGCCACUUGGGGCGGUGGUCGCGGGCAAGGUCUUAGUCCUACACGGAGGUUUAGGGGACGGCACUUGGGGUUUGCGCGAUCUGGAGGAGUUGAAACGUCCCAUGCAGGAGUUGGACUGCGAUCAUGCGCUCAAUGCCUUGUGGUCCGAUCCAAGUGAUUCAGACAACACCAUGUCCCGGGGCGUUCAUUCCAACGAGGAACGAGGAGAAGGAGCAGGAAUACAUCAGUUUGGCCCAGACAUCACACAGACCUUCUGCAUGCGCGAAGGCAUUGAUCUUGUCAUUCGCUCACAUCAGUUCGUGAGGCAAGGCUACAAGGUCAUGCACGGAGGCCAUUUGAUUACCCUUUUCUCAGCUCGCAAUUAUUUGCUGGAUGACGGUGAAGCCUCCCACAAUGAUGCCGCGAUGAUCUUGCUGGCCACCGACUUGAACGGGCACCUGCGUGUGCAUCCCAAGCGCGUGGCCUUCAUGCCACACCCUGACUCUGUGCCACCGAAGGAGAGUUGGUGGAAAAACUUUUCGUGAAAUUUAAUCGGAAACUCUCCGGAUCAUCGUCUACACCCACAUCACCCGCCAGCAGGUAGUGCGGCAUUGAUUUGCUAGGCCCAAGGUGG